AUGCCGGCAUCGGGCAAUGUCUCCGACGACGACGUUCUUCAGGCUCCUGGCCGCUCCAAGACUCGUCGACCUGAUACCCGUGAGGAUGCCCGAGAUGAUGCCCGGGACUUUGAGGUGACCCGAACCUGGGAUCUGUUGACUGAGGGGGCGGAUGGAACAAUCACUGGUGCCGUCGAAGGCCUUCUCGAGGCCGGUAAGAGGAAGAGACUGCUCAAGGAUACUACUCCCCUUCAGCGAGGCAUCAUCAGACAUCUUAUUCUCAUUCUCGACAUGUCUCUGGCUAUGAACGAGAAGGACUUGCGUCCCACACGAUACCUCCUAACCCUUCUCUAUACCGAGGCCUUUAUCCGCGAAUUCUUUGAGCAGAAUCCGAUUUCGCAGUUGGGCAUCGUGGGCAUGCGGGAUGGCGUUGCAGUCCGCAUCAGCGACAUGUCGGGAAACCCUAACGAACACCUUGCUGCCCUCCUGAACAUCAGGAAAGAAGAGCCUAAGGGAAACCCUUCCCUCCAGAAUGCCUUGGAGAUGACCCGGGCUGCCCUGUUCCAUGCUCCUUCUCAUGGUACUCGGGAAGCGCUUCUCGUCUUCGGAGCGCUACACAGCAGUGAUCCAGGCGACAUCCAUACGACCAUCGCUGCCCUCGUGGCUGACAAGAUUCGCGUUUCUGUUAUUGGACUUGCUGCUUCCGUGGCUGUUUGCCGUGAGCUAGUCAAGAAGACCAACAAUGGAGACAUCUCUGGCUAUGGUGUCGUCCUUCACGAGCAACACUUUAGAGAGUUGAUGAUGAAUGUGACCACUCCUCCGGUCACAAACGACAGUACAAAGUCUGCCAGCUCCCUACUUAUGAUGGGUUUCCCUUCAAGGACGGUCGAAGAUCAUCCUUCUCUGUGUGCAUGCCACACUAAACCGAGUCGUGACGGCUACCUAUGCUCAAGAUGUGACACCAAGGUCUGCAGCCUACCUUCGGAAUGCCCUGUCUGUGGCCUGACUCUCAUUCUCUCCACCCAUUUGGCCCGUUCAUAUCAUCAUCUGUUCCCGCUGGUCAACUGGGUCGAGGUCCCUUGGUCAAGCGCGAAGCGAAGCGCAACUUGCUUUGCCUGUCUCAAACCAUUUCCACCUGUUCCUCCGCCUGAAGAAUGGGUAACCUCCGGCGGCGGUCAUAGUGCUCGGUAUGAAUGUCCUUCAUGCCACCGCCACUUCUGCAUCGACUGUGAUCUUUUCGCCCAUGAAGCUGUGCACAAUUGUCCAGGGUGUCAAAGUGCUCGUUUACCGACCAGUCUGAUGGGGGAAACCGAAAUUAUCCAGGGUGAUACUGGGGACUCGGGACCUUCUUCUACCUCUCGAAAGAAUGAUACCAUGGAAAAUGGUGGACCAACUGACCAGCGGAUGGUGCUCGAUGGUUAG